AUGGAGAACGAACGCCAAUCGAACGGCGAGACAGCGUUAAGUAUCAACGGAAAAGUUCCUGUGCCAGCAGAAUGCAAGUUUACCUUACACACGUUCUCUGAUACGCUUCUCGAUCAAAAGGUUCAUUUUCAAAUUCUUAAAAUGACAGACAGUUUGUAUGUUUGGAUCGGAACAUCUCCGGAAAUGGAUGCUCUUGCUGUAGCCAUGUGCACAAAAUACGUAAGUGGUAACCACCAGACAUCUUAGAUGUAUGAAAUGCAUUGUUACUUCCAGUGCAUGUUAGAAAUCAAGGGUUAGGUUGGGGAAGGGGGAAAGGAGUAAUGAAAAGCUGUUUCUCCAACGUGCGUCUCUCAAUAUGAGCCGAUCCAUCAAUGUCUCCUUUACAUACAACUAGUCAUGCUCGUGUAAGUUAAACGCCCAAGAGUAUCUAGAAAUUAAGGGUAGGUCAGGGGGGAAAGGUGUAAUGUACAACUGUCACUGUGUGUCUCUCAACAUGCCAAUCCAUUCAAAGUUUCCUUCAGGGAAAGGUCAAGUUUUAGUGCCCUUGCUGAAAACCAGAACACUAUGAUUAAGCUCUCAUUUGCAACACUAAUUUGGGUAGACAGGGGAUGAAGGGUUGGUAAAUUUUUCACGAAUGUAAAUCUUGGAGUGGAGCAUGGUGCUUAUAAAAGUCUUUCUGGAGUCUCGUUCCCUUCCCACCCCCUCCUUCUACCUCUACUGAUCAGGGAGAGAGGGAGAGAGGGAGAGAGGGAGAGAGAGAUCGAUUCCACAAAAAUAUUUUUGCACUAUUUACUGUGACAGGAUCCAGUGCCAUCUGUUGUCAACCUUAUAGGAAGUAAAGCUGAUCUAAGCUCAACCACCUUGGCACAAAGGCUUGGUAAGUAAUAGGUGUCAUUAGUGCUGUCAGUAUCUUUGUGUUCCAGCCCAAGACACUUUGCUUUCAACAUAAUACUAGAAACGGAAUUGAUUCUUUUCUCUUUCACCUUUUAUUUUUUUUUUCCAUAUGAGAGUGGACUCUGAUAGCAACCUUCUGAUUCUUGAAGUCAUUGCCACUAUUAAGUAGAAUUGCUCUCUCUAAUUUCAGCUAAGAAGACCAACAAACAGUGUUUUGUGAGCUAUAACAUACCAACAGAAAACAUGCUGCUAGGCUUAGUGGAACAAAGAAUUAACCAGGAAAUAAAGGAAAAACCACAGCUGUUCUAAAAAGUGUUUAGCAUCCCUGGUUCAUGAGAAAUACAGGUUCUUUUCUGCAAUGAAAAGGGUAGCUUGUACUCCAAUAAAAUCAGAAGAGGAGCUAAGAGAAAUUUGCUUCUGAAGUGUGACACCAUCAAAUAAAAGACAAGAUUUCUACAUCUCCAGCUUGCUAGCCAAAUUUCUGGGAUGAUCACUACCUAUUACAUUGGAAAUCACACUUUGGAGGUGUGAAUUGAUAUCAAACUUGAUGGAAAUGACUGCUAAAGUUGCAUAUCAUGGUCACUGUUGAUACAUUUAAGACUUUGCAAGUAGAUAAGUAGACAGUUCACAAGGUAGAUACAUUCAGAAAUAGAACUGGAACUGUUGUUUUGGUUGGUUUAAAUCAGAGUGUGCUGGAAAUUUGCAACAAAAUUUAGUUAUCAUACACUUAUGUGAAGAGGAAGAUUUCUCAGCCAACAGUUAAGCUAAAGAUGUUGUCAAAUGUGAGUUUUGCCAAAACAAGAGAAUCAUUCAGGUCAACACAACAGUUUACAGGAUGAGAAUAGCCUAUUCAAGGCUCUCAGUCAGUGGGAAUGAGUGAAGACACAGGCAAGCCAACUCUGCUGUCUUUUGUGAGCUUGCUCUUUUUUUUCAUUUCCAUUAACUGAGAGGUUGGCACAAACAAGAAUAAGACAAUAGAUAGCUUUUAAUCUUUAUGAUGUCUCAAAUAAAAACCUUGUUUAUCAAACUUCUACAACUUUCUCUCCUUGUUAUUUAUAAUUAUAAUGAGAUAUUCACUUAGUUGCAAUGUGAAUCAUUCAUCCGCUAGGUACGUAAUGGAGUAAUGAUGUAAAUUUUGAUUGCUCAGCUUUUCUGAGCAGUAGGAUGUUCCUAUUAAAUUUCUCAAC